AGAAAUUGGAAAAUCUAUAAUGAAAGGACAACAAACACCAAGUCGUUUUCCAAAAAUUAAUUAAUUUGAGACUCAGUUCUCUCAUUUAUCAUUAAGCAAUUUCUAAGAAUAAAAACAUAAUCCAUCUAUUUGCAAGGGAAUGUUAAGCAUGAUUAAUCCUAAACCUCCCUGUGAAAACAAAAAAAUAAAGCAAUCUAGUAUAUAUUUUAAAGAAUAGGCCAAUUUGAAUAGAAGGCACAUUGUUUAAAGAGAUGUCCAUUAGAAGAGGGCACCAGCUUUGAUUUAGAUUUGGCAGUGUUUAAAAUACGACCCUGUUAAAGGCAAUGUGAACAUAAUCAUAAACAAUGUCCAUAUUUUCAUUCAGAAGGUGAUUUAAGAAGACCAGGCACAUAUUACAAAGCAGAAUUAUGUCCAUAUAAAUUAGAAUAAAAAGAAUGUCCUCAUGGUUAUAGUUGUUGUAAAGCGCAUAAUCAAUAUGAAUUGUUAUAUUAAGAAGACAAUUAUCGAAAACUAUUUUGUCCUUAACCAUAAAAUUGUUGCUUUGGUAUGUAUUGUCCUUAUGCUCAUUUUGAGAAGGACAUCAAAUGUGAGUUGAUCCAUCUAUAUUAGCACGAUUAAGACUAUUAUAUGUUUCAUUAUAAAACUGUUGCUUGUCCCUAUUCACUCUUUAAUCAUAAUUUAGUAAUCUAUAAUUUAAUUAGGUCAACUUGUGAUUAUUAUCAUAAUGA